UCCUUCGUCAUCCCUCUAUUCAUCCAUCCCCAAUCCUCGAGUCCUUCUAUCCUUUCAAACUAUGUUCUCAACCCACACUGCAGUUCGCAUUCCGCUCUCAUUUUGUGUCAGAUUUACGAUAUCCCGAGUCCACUUUCCUUAACCAAUCUAGCGAUCGGACUCUACUGUGUAGUCUCCCCACCAUCACAACUUCACAAUGCCGAUGUCCUCCAACCCCACAUAUUCGAAGUCGGGCGAUGUAUGACGGAUUGUAGAGAAAGAAGAUACUUUUUAGACUUAGACAACAACACAUGCGUAUCCACGUUGGUCGUACCUCGCAUUGCAUCGCAUCGCAUCAUGCAAGGCACGCGCUAUAAUUAUACACACACAGAAAAUUGUUAUUGAA